GCUGUGAUAUUUUCUUUACAUGAUCUGAAAUUUAAGAUGACGCGGCAUAUACAAUUUUACUUUGAAAGAAAAACGGAGAACCCUCUUUUUAUGAUGACUUGCUUGAUGGAAUAACCAUUUCCCUCCAUCUACGCAUCCAAGAUGGCAGAAAUUGGAUCCGCGGUGCGGCUCUUCUUGCUCGGACUGCACCUGUUCCUGCAGCUCGGAGGAGCCGCAGCCCGCAGUCCGCGGACGGCGGUGAACCAGGUGUCAGAGGCUGAGAUCCAGCGGCUGCUGCACGGCGUCAUGGAGCAGCUGGGCAUCGCUCGGCCCCGGGUGGAGUACCCCGCACAUCAGGCCACAAACAUCGUCGGGCCUCAGAGCAUUCAGGGUGGUGCUCAUGAAGGCCUGCAGCACCUGGGUCCUUAUGGCAACAUCCCCAAUAUUGUGGCAGAGCUGACAGGCGACAAUGUUCCCAAAGACUUUAGUGACGACCACAGCUACCCGGAUCCUCCAAACCCCUGUCCACUGGGAAAAACAGCAGCAGACGGAUGCUUGGAAAAUGCUCCAGACACAGCUGAGUUCAGCAGGGAGUUCCAGAAACACCAGCAUCUGUUUGACCCUGAGCAUGACUAUUCAGCUCGGGGGAAGUGGAACAAAGAGCUUCUAUACCAGAAGCUGAAGGGAGGACCAAAGAGAAGAAAAAGGAGCGUCAACCCCUAUUUACUGGGUCAGAGGCUGGACAAUGUGGUCGCCAAGAAAUCUGUUCCCAAUUUCUCAGAGGAAGAAGAGAACCAAGCAUCAACCACCACAGCUCCCAGUACACCCAAAAUCUGAUAUAUAGGAGUUCGAACUCAGAAAAUAUAAAUAUAUAUCUCUAAUAAAUGUUUAGACUUACUAUCACUAGUUAUUGGGAUUUUGUGUUUGGUACAAAUGCUGGAGGUGUUGAUGUUGUAUUUCAUAUACUUCAAAAAUAUAACCUUGCCAUAAUUUUUUAUGCAUUUAAUUGGUCUUAUAUUCAUACAAAAGAAUUAUUAAAAGAUGUCUUGUUGAACAUUUGUACUUAUUUGGCAAAUGCUUUGAUAGAAAUACUGUGAAGAAAAUAUGUUUCACCAUAAACAAGACAUUGAGUUGUUUUGGAGUUUUAAACAGAAUUCUAAAAAUAAAACGAGACUAAAACAUCCAGAUAACAGAUAAAUUAUGAUAAAUGCCAUCUGAAGUGGGUAGAGUCUAAAAACUGGUAUUCUAAUAUCCUAUAAUUACAGAUAUGACCCCCAAAGUGGAGAAUAAAAUAAAUUUUUUCUUCUUUUUUUCACAGAUGUAUAAAGAUUUGAUAUAUUUGGGGGUUAAUUCAUUCCAUCUUUGUUAUAUUUGGACAGAGAUCAGUUUAAAUGCAUUUAAUGUUUGUUUGUUUUUUUUGUCCCAACCUGAGUCACAUGUUCUUCAAAUGUAAAGUUAUAUUCUUAAGUCUGGCUUUGUUUUAUUGAAAUAUGCUUAUGAACAUCUUCACCAUGGCAACUACUUGCAGAAUAUUCUGCAGCUUGAGUCUCUUCAGGUUGCAGUGACUUAUCUUGUUCAUUGCAUCUUGUCAAAAUGUUUGUGUUCCGUUUUUGUUCUGUAAAGUCAAAUAAACGACUUAUCUGCAUUGA